CCUAAUACCUAAGUGGUUCGCCGUGUUUAGGAGCCCUGGUUAUCGCACUAAAACAAAACAAAGCAUGCGGCCUUCAAAAUCCUGACAAAAAUGACGACUACAUUAGAAGAGCAGCUUUCAGACAAGUUGCAGAUGAUGGACGAUACCACGGAUAAGGUACAGGGGUCGUCGGAGCUGAAGGAAGAUAGCAGUAUAGCCGCAAGUUCAGAUGCCACGACAGCGUCCCCUUCUUCCAACGACAGUGCGACCAAAGUCGCCGCACCGGAGAUCGAAUUUUACAACAAGGCUCAGAAAUAUUGGUCUGAGGUACCGGCGACUGUCAAUGGGAUGCUCGGCGGCCUGGGCUACAUCAGUGCCAUCGAUAUUCAGGGAUCGAAUACGUUCCUGCGCGAGAUCCGCGUGCCGGGCAACAGGUUGGCCCUCGACUGCGGAGCUGGCAUCGGUCGGGUGACUCGAAAUCUCCUGAUUCCCCGCUUCAGCUGCGUGGAUCUUGUCGAGCAGGAUCCCGCGUUUGCCGAUAAAGCACGGGAGUACUGCACCUCGAAGGACGGGAGCCGUGGAAAGGUGGGACAGGUCUAUAACGUGGGAUUGCAGAAGUUUACGCCUACGCAGCAGUACGACCUCGUUUGGAGCCAGUGGGUGCUGGGACAUCUCACGGACCGCGAUCUGGUCUCGUUCUUUCGGCGCAUCAAGCAGGGACUGGCGCCCGGCGGCUUCUUUUGUCUGAAGGAAAACGUGAGCAGCUCGAGGAAGACAGUGGAGGAUAAGAAUGACUCGUCGGUUACGAGGCCUCUGGACAGCUAUGAACACUUCCUAAAAGAAACCGGAUUUCGCAUUGUACGCAAGGUCAAGCAACAAAACUUUCCCAAGGGACUGUUUCCAGUGUACAUGAUCGCCUGCAAACCCGUCUCCAAGGAAUAGGUUUAGUAUUUAGUUUUAUUGUUGACCUAUAAGCGAUUGUACUAAAGCUAUCCGAAAAUUCAAUGUCACAUUACUAGCUAGUCACUUCAAAUUGUAGCGUUCUAAUCAACGAAUAAACAAGCUUGCAAAAGCUUGAACACGUUCCUUAA